AUGUCGCCAAUCUGUCUCGACUUUGCGCCCGAGGUGACGCUGAAUUCCCGAUAUGAGAUUGUCAAGGGACUUGGGCGCGGGACGCGCUCGACGGUAUGGCUGGCGAACGAUACGACAAGUCCCGGCGCGCAGGUGGCCAUAAAAUGCCUCAGAAACGAUGUCACGGCCGGCCAAGGGAGCGCAACCUACGAACUCGAAGUGCUAGAAGCUAUUUGUAAGAAGACGGCAGCUACGCACAGCGAGACUGUCGGACCUUCCCGCGUGCUCCAGCUGCUCGACCAUUUCGUGCUGGACAAUGAGACGUCCGGCCAGCAUUUAUGUUUCGUCACCAAACCGCUCGGAAUGAAUUUGCUGGAAGUGCAGAAGGCGUUUCCGGGGCGGCGGAUGCCUGUGCCUCUCGUCCAGCACGUGGUGAAGCAGCUCCUUGAGGGGCUUGCUUUCAUUCAUGAUGAUUGUCGGGUCGUGCAUACGGAUAUCAAGCAAGAUAACAUCAUGUUCGACAAUUUCGGCGAUGAGAGCGGGGAAUUAUCCGACGCGGUCAACGUCGUCUUAGCCGACUUUGACACGGCCGUACCAGAACACGGAGACCGUAAACAAUUAAUCCAGCCGCAGGACCUUCGCGCCCCGGAAGUCCUCAUGGGUUGCGACUGGGGUACGUCGGCGGAUAUUUGGAACAUGGGCUGCAUCACCUUCGAACUCAUCACCGGGUGCCGCCUCUUUCGACACGAACCACUAGAAAGCGACAAAGGCCACACCACCCCCGAACAAGGCCACUUCGCCAUGAUCGAGUCCUUCCUCGUCACUGACAGAAAAGACCUCGACGCGCGCAUCCGCUUCUUGCAAUAUUUCAGCGAUGGAGAGAACUUUGAGAAGUUUAUUGAUCGUGAACGCGGCUACAAUCUUCACGUCAGCUACGCCGACCAGGAGCCAUUGGGCAAGAUCCUUCGGGUCUACGACGUUUACGACGAGCAACUGGAGGACUUCUUGAGGUCCAUGCUGCAAAUUCAUCCGGACGACCGCGCGUCUGCAAGGAAGCUCCUGAAGCACCCUUGGCUUUCCGCGUAGGUAGCCAGCUUUCCGCGCCGCAACCUCAGUUUGCGCUUCGCCACCUGGCUUUACACUCAGCUACCUGGAUUACCGCAUAGAUCCUAUACGUCGACCCCGGGCCCAAGCUACGUGCUCUCGCAUAUUCAACCCCCACUUACUCUUGUGUAUACCAGCGCCCCCACUUCGAUACCACACCAUUACACCCUCACUGCAUGAUACCACCUCGCUGUAUUGUCUUACCACCAUCACUACAAUCUCACUGUCACCGCUCUCCCCUCAAUGAUACAACAAUUACAUUCCAUAAGGAUAUCCCUAG